ACACCAGUAGAAAUAUGGUUAGCAGAAUAUUUGUGCAAAAAGUCUUUUGGUACCUAAACGUGGCCAGGUGGCGUGUCAGUCCAACAACCAAUCAACGUCGGUAUUUACUAAAGCCGGUGACACCUGUUACUAUAGUGUUACGCGGGCCAAAUAGCAAGAAUAUCGCAUGAACAGCUCAUUGAAUUCAGUGUUGUGAUCAGUGCUUGUGUAAACGCGUGAACUACUCACUGAAAACAAAAAGGAAAUGACCUUGUUGAGGUUAACGUUUACGCUUCUGGCCUUUGUACAGGUAAUUUUCGUGGCUGACUGCAACUCUAUUCCCAAACACAAAUGUACACCGCCUACUUCUUCAGAAAAGCAACAAACCGAGGCAUCUCUCAAGCCAGAUCACUUUAAACAACUUGGCAAGGUUCAAGACAUGAAGGAAUGUAUCGAUAAAUGCUGCGAUGUGGAACAUUGUGAUCUUGCCAUGAUGUCGUACGGCGGACAAAACUGUUACGGUGUAGCUUGUUUCAGUGAAAACCUUUGCCAAAUGCUUCCAUCAUACCCUACGAGAAUAAGUUUUGACGUUGCACAUGUGUCAAGGUGAUAAAUGGGAGAAGACUGUUAACGAUUGCAUGGUUAUAGACAAUCGUUUCAAGCGAAGACCGCACGCUUUGUCCUCUACGCUUCGGCAACCGGGAGCAGUCAAUGAGGCAUAAAACAUAAAAAUCUUAAUACAAGGUAAAUCAAGGUGUUGGAAUAUGGUGUAAUAUAAAAAAAAGAAAACAUUGGACACUUUUAUAUCGUGAAGGUACCUCCUUAUUUUAUAUACAAGACUGAUAGGAUUUAUCAGCUUAUUUUUUUAAGGUAUAGCCAUGUAAAAAUGAUAAAAAAAUUGUUGAAUGUAAAUAGAUUUUGAUCUGGGCGAUCUUGCUUGCUGCUCAGCUUAUCUUUAAGGAAUUACCAGCUGACAAAUUGUAGACAAAAAGCUUAGAUAUAGAGACUUGACCAGAACCACGUGCGUAACCAGAAAUUAAUUAAUAUCGUAAUCGUUCAAGAAUCUCAAAACUGUGUGAAUAAAUUUGACAGAAAAUUUCAUGCCAGCAGCAAA